GGGGUGCGCGUGCGCAGUGCGCUGGUCUCCAUGGCAGGGCCUCGGAGCCAAGACGAGAGAACAUGCUAUUGUGAAGACAUAAUUACAGUUUUCACAUGAACAAAGCUAGCACUAUUGUAAUUUAGUGCCCCAAAGGAAGACUGUCAAUGACUAUAAAAGGACAUUUCUGAGGCUAACGGAAUGUAGGAACCCGAGCUUGAAACCUGAGCCACUGCCUGAAGGUAUGGUGAGACCAACAGACGAAGAGAAGAUAAUCUGUUAUUCACAGUUCUCAAAAGGAGUGGGCAUGCUGUACCCCAGAGAACCACACAGUGUGACACCGAGCUGUUAACUAAUAGGAGAAAAAUGAGACUGAAUAUGAAGCCAGCAUGGAACAGCAGCGUUUGUUAGGAGCCAGCUGUAGCGAUGGGAAAGAGUCCGCAAGAGGAGCUCAGCAAUCCGAGCAUAUAACCUGUAUGGACUCUGGGGAUCCUUCCUUUGGACAGAAUGAGCCCUCCACCAUUUUGCCUGUUACUGCUGAAACAGAUGAUCCCCUCACAUCACAGGAUCUGCCAGAGACACUGACUGAUACACAGGCCCUCUGUGCAGAGCAGUUCCAUCUUUUAGACCCAAAUGGGCAGCCUCUUCAAUAUGACCUCCACUCACAAAUGACAGGAAUGGCGCAGGUGACCAUACCUCGGGAGCCGCUGGUGGACGCGACUAGUCCCCAAGAUGCCUCUGAAGAGAAACCCAUUGACAGAAGCUUACCAACUGUAAGAGCAGAUACUCUAGAAGCCAGUGCCAGUAACUGUAUUCUUCGUUCACAAGCAUCCCUUGUGCUACCCAGAAAGUCAGGGACCAGACUGCUCGAGGAAUCUUUGCCGUCUCCUCUGCAGCCACUUUCUUCUAACACACCUAUAUGGGCCUGCCGUCUUAGGAGUUGUAGUCGAGCUGUGGUAAUGGAGUGUCAGUAUGGACCAAGGAGAAAAGGUUUCCAGUUACAGAGACUCAGUGAACAAGGAAGCAGGUCUUGUCAUCUCUACAGAGCUACGUGCCCAGCCAGGAUUUACAUUAAAAAGGUACAGAAGUUCCCUGAAUAUAGAGUGCCUACAGACCCCCAGAUGGACAGGAAGAUGAUCAGAGUGGAGCAGGAGAAAGCCUUCAGCAUGCUGAAGAAGAACCUGGUGGAUGCUGGGGGUGUUCUUCGAUGGUAUGUGCAGUUACCUACACAGCAAGCUCAUCAGUAUCAUGAAUUAGAGACUCGUGGCCUCUCUCUGUCACCAUCUCCUUUUCCUAUGUCUUCUCUUGAAGAAGAGGAAGCUGUAGUCAGAGAUGAGAACUGUGCGUUGCCCUCACGUCUCCACCCACAAGUAGCGCAUAAGAUUCAGGAAUUAGUGUCUCAGGGAGUAGGACAAGUGUAUGCAGUGAGGAAGCAGCUCAGAAAAUUUGUGGAAAGAGAGCUGUUCAAACCUGAUGAGGUACCUGAAAGACAUAAUUUGUCCUUUUUUCCAACUGUAAAUGAUAUAAAAAAUCAUAUCCAUGAGGUACGGAAAUCCUUGAGGACGGGAGAUAUGGUAUCUAAUCCAGAGAUUAUUCCAGCCACGCUUCAGUGGACUACAGAUAGCGGGAAUAUUCUCAGAGAGACUGUAACAGUUACAUUUGCAGAAGGAGAUUCACUGGGAGAACCAGUUACCAGCAGAGUGGGGGUGAGCAGGACACAGACUUCGUUGUCCCCAGAGCCGUUCCCCUUGCUCUUCCCACUUCCUUCAUUUCAGCCCAAAAUCUCUUCACACUUACAGGGUUUGAAGUUACAGCCAAGACUCUCCUCUCUUGAUGGAUCCCAAGCUCUGGUAUCAGAAAAUGGCCACCCUUCCUCCGGUCCUUCAGGACUUCUGGAUACAGCAGGAAAUGCUGUAGUGAAUAGUCAUUCUCUACUGCUUGGUCAGAGUCAGAACCUUCGAACAGACACAUGCCUAACGCAAAACAGCAGCGCUGCCUCUGCCGUGGGAAACCUCCCAGAGUCAGUUCAAAAUCUCGAAAUGGGUCCGCUGGUGGAAGCUGAAGAUGUUGAGAAUACAGGGAAUCUGGAGGGAAGUGUAAAUAGGAUUCUGUUGGGAGAUGUGCAAACCGUUCCUGUACAAGUCGUAGGCAGCCAUCCAGCUCUUAUUGAAGAAAGUCUAGAAGAUACUCUGUCUGUGAACCAAGUUAAACAAGAACCCCAAGAGUCAACACUGUCGAUAGGAUCAAAAACUUUUCUGGACUGUAAAAAAUUAUCUGCUACAUAAAAUGCUUAAAGCUUUUCAAAUUCUACAGCUCUGGUUCUGAUGUCUUAAAAGGUGAAGAUUGAUGGGCAUGGCAUGUCAAUCAUUGGACCAGAACACAGUGAUGAGCAGCUUUGACUUAAAACUUGAAUAUUUGUUGUCAAUUCCAUAUUUGUAUUUCUCUCAAGAAGUAUCUUGCUUUAUUUUGUAUUCGUAUUUUUUUUUAAUUAUCCAGUAAGACAAGUGUUAAAAGAUCAUCUGAACAUCACAGUAAUUUAGUGUGAACACAAAUAGUUAUCUCGUUCCUGGAAAUACCUAGUAUUGGUUCUUAUAAGACAAAAAAGGCCAACAGUCAGAGUGUGUGAGUGUGUAGGGCAUGUGUUGUGUGCUCAGAAAUUUAAAAUUGUGUGGAGAGUUUCAAUUAGCUAACAGGUAAGAGAAUUUGUUAUGUGUCUUAUUUGAAAAAAUAGAGCAAUUCCUAUAGAUUUGCAAAGUGGCCCCCAGCCACCAAACACAUUCCUAUACAUUUGCAGAGUAGCUGACAGACACCAGUCACAUCCCUGUAGAUUUUCAUAGUAGCACACAGCCACCAAUCACAUCCCUGUAGAUUAUCAUAGUAGCACACAGCCACCAAUCACACUUCUGUAGAUUUGCAUAGUAGCACACAGCCACCAAUCACACUUCUGUAGAUUUGCAUAGUAGCGCACAGCUACCAAUCACAUCCUUGUAGAUUUGCAUAGUAGCACACAGCUACCAAUCACAUUCCUAGAGAUUGUGUAAAAAAUCAUUUGCCUUCUAAACGCCUGUAUAGUCUCAGCAUGCCAGUGCUGGCCAGUUCCCAUGUUCAAGUGUUCAAUUCUCUCUAAAUGUACCAGAUCUUAAAAACAAGUAUAAAAAUUUCAGUAUCUGUAUUUGGCAUUCCCUUAACAACUCCACAGCAGAGUUUGGCAAGCGUUCCUUGGAUCAUGUGUUACAAGGUGUGGCAUCUGCAGUAGUAGGCUGGACAUUUAAAAUAAGCAGUUAGAAACUCACAAUCACAGGCUGGCUUGUUUGAAACCUGCAAGCAGGCAUUGUAUAUACAGCAGUAAAUUAGCGAUA